AUGCUAACACACGGUAUCGAGGCAGGCCGUGACUUGCCGCCGCGGGGCGGGUCGCUAGUUGGUUAUAAAAUUCAAUAUAUUGUGUCAUCAAUAUCCCAAAUAAUCGUUGCAGAGGAAGUUACAGAAAGAGUUAUUUGGCCAGACAGUGAUGACGUAAUACUAGAAUACGCAGAUGAGACUACGAAACCAAAGAGGAACAGAAAUGAGAGUGUAAAAGCCAACAGAUCGACGUCAACCUUAACGAAGACGGUCGCAGAUGUCAGCACUAUCACUUCGGAUUGGUGGAGCCCGCUGUUCGAGAGAAAACCGAUGCGAAGAAAAACGGACAUGGCAAUCGACAAUAACUGGCAUGAAAAUAGAUAUAAAGGUCCCGCCGCGAAAUGGGGUCCAUUGUUAUAUCAUCACGAUUUAGGUGGGGCUCUUUCAGCGUCUAACUAUUUAUUACAGAAAUAUUCCGUUAGCGAAAAGCCAAGUUUCAAAAUGUAUCGUCACUUGAGAAAUGGUUAG